UCAUUUAACUUCGGUUAGUUUCGUCCGUCUUAGAGCGGUUAACGGUUUUAAACGCCAACGCCAAUUACAACCACAGACGAUCUUUUUGGAGCUUCUAAGUUUGCGCGAGCGCUUUAGCUAAAAUGUACCAACGGCUAUUUCCAGAGCUCACUUCAACGUAAUAAAGAGGAUUCAUAGCUGCAGUUUAAUGAUGCCGUUUCUGACUCUGACGUCUCAGCCAGCACUGAGAACUUAUCUGACACCAAACAGGUCAGUGAGGAAAAACCCACAAAACUCAUCGAACUCUCCUCCUGGUUUAUCCUCAAGCUUUUAUUCUGACGUCUCAUCAGGAGAAAGGUGGAGGUCUGUUCAGUUGACUCCUCAAAAGGACACCCAAAGGAGAAAAGACUGAGGCUCCAGACAGAGAGGUUCAGAGGGAGCUGUCAGCCAGCUGUAAAGACCUGGAUCUCAACGCCUUCAGUCCCCUCAUAUCAAAACGUUGACGCACUUUCAGGGUCGUAUUUUGUAGGAGAAAAACAUUUUCAGAAACAUGUUUAGGAAAACGCAGAAGCCAGCAGCAGAAGAUUAAUGCAGAUACAGAGGACAUGGACACUGAAAGACGAUUGUCCGCCAGCAGUGAGAACCUGACCGACCCGACCGGCCCAAAGGAGAAAAAAGGAGGCCUGGCUGGAAUAUUCAAAAGAUCUUCAAGCUUUGGCAACCUGCUAGACGAGGACAAAAAUAUUUUCAGCGGCAUGUUCAAGAGAAGUGCGAAGCCUGCAGAGGAGGGGUCAAACGCGACCGGCGAAAACACAACGUUGUUUGGCAGCACUGAAGAUCUGCUGGAGGCAAACCCAGCAAAAGAGAAAACUGGAGGAUUUACAGGGUUCUUUAAAAAGUCGCCCAAACCGUCUCCACGCUCUGUUGCUACUGAGGAUCCGCUGACGAAGCAGCUGUCGUCCAGCUGGGACAGCCUCACUGAGGCCGGGAACGACAACAGCUCCUCUCGACAAGAACUGUCAGCCAGUACAGAUAAUCUCUGUGACACCUCCAGUACCACCAAGGAAGGUGAAGACGCGACGCCACCUGCUGGACGCAGACUGAGUCGCAAGAGAACCAUAAAGAAGAAACGAAGAGUUGUGUCUUUCCGAGUCAAGAAAACUCUUCCCAGAAUGUUCAAAGAGAAAUCCAGUGAAAUGCCUGUGAUUGAGGAGAGUGUUGAGAUGGAGAACCUGAACACUCCACAGGAGAGCACGGUGGUGGUGGAGCCGGUGGAGAUGGCAGCAUAUCCCACUGAAGAGAGCGUGACCCAGAUGGAGCAGGAGAACAACGAGCUGAUGGAGUGGUGGAACUCGGUGAAAGGUUGGACCGAGUGGAACGAGACCUCAAAUUUCCAGGAGGAAGAUGAACAAAUUGCGAUGCAGCAGGCAGCCGAUCGAGUCUACAUGGCAGCCCGUGUUUUCGUUCACUUUUUCAACCAGCGGGGGGCGUCCUUGCAGCACCGCAUCCUGGAGCUGCUGUCGAUGGCCGACGCCGCAGACGAGUUCCACAGGAAGACGGUGUCGGCCGCCGUGGGAGGGGGCGUGGCCAGCGUGGCGGGCAGCGUGGCGACCAUCACCGGCCUCAUUCUGGCUCCGUUCACCUUCGGAACGUCGAUCAUCGUCACGGCGGUGGGGAUCGGCGUGGCGACGGCCGGCAGCAUCACGUCGGCGACGGCCAACAUCACCGACACCGUGCACUCCAACAUGGACCGCAAGAAGGUGGAGAAGAUGAUCCAGGGCUACCAGGAGGAGAUCCAGGACAUCAGGAAGUGUCUGGAGUUCGUUCAGGAGGGUAUGAACACCCUGGAGGAGUGGGAUUUUGAGAAAUACUCGGAAAGUGCUGCCAAAAAGGCUCUAAACCACAACAUUAAACACGUGAUGAAGGAGGGCGGCCGGGCGGGGAAAGCCCUGAUGAUCAACACCGAUAAGCUCAUCAGCACCGUUCAGAUUCUGGGCGCAGCCGGCGGCGCCGCUAAGGCCGUCAAGGCAGUCAGCGUCACCACAGGCGUCAUGUCUGCCCUCUUCCUCGCCCUGGACAUCUUCUUCCUCGCCAAAGAUUCCCACACACUCCACAAGGGAGCCAAAACCAAGUUCGCCGCCAAAAUCCGGCAGGUGUGCAAAGACCUUCAGGAAGGGCUGCUGGAGCUGAACAAGGUGAAGACGCAGCUGCAGAAGACGAUGGACGGCGUCGAGGUGGAGGAGUACGAGGACAUCGAGGAGGUGGAGGUGGAGGUGGAGGACGAGUUUGAGUCCGAUCCGAAGAAACUGGCAGAGUUGGAGCAGGAGAUAGACUUCCUGGAGGAAAAACUGGGCAAAAAGGAGGAAGAGGUGGAGCCAAAGAAGAGCAAAGAGACGACGGCAUUGGAUAUUUUUAAAAUAAAGAAAGAGAAAAAAGAGGAGAAGAGCAUGAAGGAAAAAGAUGUGGAAGAAAAAAAGGAGGACGAGGAGCCAAAGAAGAGCAAAGAAUCAGUGUUGGACAUGUUUAAAAUAAAGAAAAAGGAAGAGAAGAGUGUGAACGAAAAGGAAAUGGAGGAAGAGGAGAAGGAACCAAAGAAGAGCAAAGAAUCAGCGUUGGACAUGUUUAAAAUAAAGAAAGAGAAAAAGGAAGAGAAUAGUGUGGAGAAAACUGGAGAAAUGGAGGAGAAAAAGGAGGAUGAGGAGCCAAAGAAGAGCAAAGAAUCGGUGUUAGACAUGUUUAAAAUAAAGAAAAAGGAAGAGAAAAGCAUGAAGGAACAUGAAGUGGAGGAAAAGGAGGAAAAGGUGGAGCCGAAGAAGAGCAAAGAGAUGACAGCAUUGGACUUUUUUAAAAUAAAAAAAGAGAAAAAAGAGGAGAAGCGUGUGAAGGAAAACGAUGUGGAAGAUAAAAGGGAGGAUGAGGAACCAAAGAAGAGCAAAGAGUCAGUGUUGGACAUGUUUAAAAUAAAGAAAGAGAAAAAGGAAGAGAAGAGUGUGAAGGAACAAGAAGUGGAGGAAAAAGAUAAAGGCGAGAAAAUGUCUGAAUCCAAAUCUGAGAAGAAGGUAAAUGAAACGAGUGUGAAAGCAGAAAAAGACGUUUUAAAAGAACAAUUUGAGAAAGGAAGCAAGAAAGAGAAAGAACCUGGGAACCAAACGUCGUCUGGAAAGAAACCCGAGGAAAAACCUGAAAAGUCUAAAGAACCGAACAAAACCCCAGAAAUCAAAAUGAAGCCUGAAAAUGAGCAGAAAGAAAGAACGAUCCAACAUGCAGAGGAGGAGAAAUCCCAGAGGAGAACUGAGACGUCAAGGAGACACAGCAGCCGGAGCGAGAAAGACGGAGAAAAACACGAAACGAGAGAAAGGAGGGAGGAGAGGGGAAGUCACCACAGAGACAGAGAGAGCUGGAGGAGGAGAGGAGAGGAGGAGACGGGAAGAAAAGACUCGCAUCGAAGCCACAGAGACGAAGAGUCUCCGAAGGAGAGGAAGACGAGCCACCAUGUUAGGGAGAACGAAGAGCGGAGCGGCAGAGUGGAGAACGCCCGCAGGUUCUUCGAGAGAGCUGCAGGAGACCAGCAUCAAGAGAAGGAGGAGGAGAGGAGGAGAGGAAGUGGCAGGGAGCACAGACACAGCCGGAAGGGAUCAAGGUCCAAAUACGACGGCCUGAACAUCUAAACCAGAGUUUAGAAGAAUUGAUCACACUAAACCAAACUAACGCGGUUAAAUCACAGAAAAGAGGAACAACAGGAUUUUCUGCAAGACUUUCUCUAAAAUGGAGAGAAGUUUCUGCAGAUGUUCAAGAUCCAACAUGGAGAACCUUCAGGUGCCAAGACCCGCCUCUUGGCUCUGAUUGGUUGUUUGAGAAGGCAGAGGAGAUUGAUUUUUUACUGUUUGGUGUCUCGGCAUGGUUUCAACAAAUAUGUAAUAAAUAUUUUUUAUAAAAGUUACGUACUGCAGCUUUAAGGGCGGUAGGCUUUUUGACUGACUUAAACAUUAUGUGUCUACACUGAGAGAAAAAUUACAAAUAAUGUAACUUCUACAAAAUGUAGAAAUACUGACGCUGUUUAACACUCCCUUAAAAUUUUAAAGUUGUUUUAGUUCCUCAGAUAAACAGUUUGUAAGUAAAAAUCAUCACUUUUUAAAUAAUUCAUAAUAUAACAAUGGUUUGAUUUCAGUUUUAAGAAGCAGCAUGGAGUCUGUUGCUGUUUUAUAUCGCUGCUGCUUUUGGGGUAAAACUGCAAAUAUUCAAGUGCUUAUUCGUAAACAAAAUGUUGCUUAUAGUUUCAUCUACUAGUUUUUUUUUAUAUAUAUUAUUUUCACUGUCAGCUGUUUUAUAUUCAGUUGCUAUAAAAACUGACCUGGAGCUUCAACAGGUUGAAAUUUGUGACUCUUACAAACUUUAACCAGACAUCGCUUUUUCAUUUCAAACGGGAUUUCUGCUUUUUUAAAAUGUUUUAUUCUAUUUUUAUAUAUACAUAUAUGUAAAUUUGAUUUUCUGUGAUGCUGGUUACUUAUUGAACAAAUAAAAUAUAUAUAAAAAAAUUGUUGUUAGAUGGGUUUUUUAUGUUUAUGAGCAGUAAAGUAAACGGCCGCUAGGGGGAGACAGAAAGCUUAGAA